CUGAAGAUGGCUGCAGCUCCUCCUAGACUCCACCAGGAAAAGGCUAAAGCCAGGGCCUGAGGGCAGCCCUGCGCGUCCUUCUUGUCACAGGGAACAGCCUGGCAGCCACACGCUUGGGUGUUGAGCAUGGCAGCACAGGUGCAGAUGGUCUCCAGAGCCAGGCUCUAGGGGUGCACUGAGGAUCCCAGGAGCCUCCAGGAACCCACAGCUCUGUCUAGAUGUGAACCCGGCCUUGACCCUCCCCUCUGGAGAUGAAGGGGUCUCCCGCCUCCCCUCUGGCUGGCUGCCUCCUCCCUCUGCUCCUCCUGGUGUCCGAGGGAGUCUCAGGAGAGGCAUCCCAGUUUUCUGUGAUGGGACCAGCCGAGCCCGUGAUGGCCCUGCUGGGCACUGACGCCACCCUGCCCUGCCAGCUGUCCCCCGAGCAGAGCGCAGCUCACAUGGACAUCCGAUGGUACCGGCCCCGCCUCACCCCCGCUGCGCUGGUGUUCAGCAACGGACAGGAGCAAGGAGAGCAGCAGAUGCCCGAGUACCGGGGCAGGACCCGGAUGGUGAGAAACGCCAUCGACUCGGGAAGGGUGGCUCUGCAGAUACAGCAGGUCCAGGCCUCUGACGACGGCCAGUACCACUGCCGAUUUUCCCACGGCUCCACUGCGCGCGCGUGUGGGCUGUGUCUUCUCUCCUCAGGGUUAGGCUCUGCCCCUCUCGUUCACAUGACAGGACCUGAGAAGAGCGGGAUCAGAGUGCUGUGCGCCUCAGGUGGCUGGUUCCCAGCCCCCAAGGUGCAGUGGAGAGACACCAAGGGGAAGGCUCUGCCGUCCUCCUCUGAGUCGCUGACCCAAGACGCAGCCGGGCUCUUCCACGUGGAGGCGACGCUCUUGGUCACAGACAGAGAUGUAGGCAGCGUGGUCUGCUCCAUCCAAAACCCCCUCUCUGAGCAAGAGGAAGUGAAGGGCAUCCUCCUCCCAGAGCCCUUCUUCCCCAGGCCGUCUCCGUGGAGAGUAGCCCUGGCUCUUUCUUUCUCCAUACUGUCGGUCCUGCUCGGCGGGAUCAGCUUCGCCACCUGGAAGGAACAUCAAGUCAAAAGGAGAGAACUGGAGAAAAGGGCGGAAGAAUCUGCUGAGGUGGAUCUGGCGAGGAAGGAAAUGGAGGCUGCGCUGAAGGGCAGAGACGACCUCCAGGCCGACCUGGAUCGGAGGAAGGCGCUGUACAGAGAAGAUUGGAAGAAGGCCUUGCUGUACCCUGACUGGAGAAAGGAACUGUUCCAGCAGGCUCCAGUGAAGAUAAAUCAUGAAGCACCUGGCCAGGAAGAGAACGGAGGAGAGGAGACGCAGGACCCUUCUGUCUGCAGCACACAAGUAGCCGGGAACCUCAUCACACUUUGCCUGGAAGGCUUCAUGUUGGGGAGAUACCACUGGGAGGGGGACUCCGGGGACGCCGGGGACGCCGGGGACUGGACGCUCGGCAUCUAUGAGCUGCGCCCCCAGGGUUCCUCACCCAAAGAAUGGCUGAGGAAAUUCAGGGUCUUGGAGAAGGGAGACAGAUACAGGGCUCUCGCCUUCUGGUCCCAGUAUGUGUCUCAGGAACAACCCCUGAGGCUAGAGGCCCGUCCGAGGAAGAUUGCGGUCUUCCUGGACCAGGAGGACAAUGACCUUUCCUUCUACAACGUGACUGAGCAGACCCACAUGUUUUCCUUCACCCAGGCCAGCUUCUUGGGCUCACUCUAUCCUUACUUCAAGCGUAACUCCCUGGAGCCCUCUCCAUCGGCACAGCCCUAAGAGCUCAGUGGGUAUGCGCUUCGUCCUGUGCUGGAUGGUCUGCAAGGACCUCCUGGGGGGCAGGGACCCCUGACUGGGAGGCCUCUUAGCCUGAGACUCCCUGAGCCUCUAUGGCCAGACCCUGGGCAAGACUCUCAGACCGUUUGUGCCGUGUGUGGUGCUAUAACUGUUAAUGGUCUUCCUUUUUUAUAUAAAUCUGUUUCAUCGUUCCUGAGAUGGGUGAAUCCAUGGCUUUCUGAAUCCGAUAGCACCUCCUGUGGCUUAAUUAUUGUUAUUAAUUAUAUAGGACCACGUUGGUCCGUUUUCAUGCAUGUGCGCACUGUACUCUGAGCACAUCCCCCCAGUGUCUUUCUUUGUAUGUAACAUACUACAGACCAAAGAUGUGCUGGUUAGGUUUUUGUCAGUUUGACCCAAGCUAAAGACAUGGGAGUCUCAGUUCGGGAAUUACCUCCAUCAGACUGGCCAGUAGGCAAGGCCGUGGGCCAUUUUCCUGAUUGAUGACUGAUGUGGGAAGACCCAGCCCACCACAAGCAGGUGGUGCCAUCCCUGGGCAGGACUGUACGGGAAAGCACACUGAGCAAGCCCGUAAACAGUUUUCCUUCAUGGUCUCUGCAUCAGUUCCUGCCUUCAGGUUCCUGUCCUGAAUUCCCUCAGUGAUGGAGUGUGACCUGGGAGUUAGGAGAUGAAGCAAACCAUGUGCUCUCAAAGCUGCUCUUCGUCACUGUCUUGGUCACUGUUCUAUCGCUGUGAACAGGCACCACGACCAAGGCCACGACCAAGGCAACGCUUAUGAGAGGAAGCAUUUAAUUGGGGGCUUGUUUACAGUUCCAGAGGCUUAGCACAUUCUCACCAGCGCUGGAGAAGUAGCUGAGAGCCACAGGCAGAGAGAGAGAGAGAGAGAGAGAGAGAGAGAGAGAGGCUGGACCUGGGAUGGGGUUUUGAAACCUCAAAGCCCACCCCCCAUGAAACACCUCCUCCAACAAUGCCACAACCCCUAAUCCUUCAAAUAUAUGAGCCUUUGGGACCAUUCUUUGUCAAAACACCACUCAGAGAACCAAACCAGGACAAGCAGCCUUAACUGAAUUACUAUAAAACCAUACAACAAAGGCAAACCUGGCUAUUGUGAAAUUAUAGCAAUUUUAAUAUUAGAUUUACCAUAAGUCAAAUUACUCUGUGAAUUUCCUCCAUAAGGGUUUGGUUUUGGUUGUUGUUUGGGCUUUCUGUUUGUUAGUUUUGGUUUGUUUUGUUUUUGAGACAGGGUUCCUCUGUUUAGGCCUCUCUGUAGAUGAGGUUGAUUUCAAACUCACAGAUUUCCACCUGCCUCUGCCUCUGGGGUGCUGGGAUUAAAGGCGUGCGCUGUCCCCGAAAAGUUUCUAACGCUAUAUCCAUGCAUGUUUCAUAAGGCGCUGUCAAUAAAUCACUUCUGUGUGGGCA